AAACAUAGUGCAACAGACCUAUCGUGGGUGAAUAAAACGUCAAUCCGACGUGCCACGAAAAACAAAUUCACUCUCUACCUCGCCCAGCUAGUUCCUGAAGGUUUAGGUAUUCGUAGGAGCCGUAAUAUUCAGGCUCUCAGGUACUUGGGUACAUGGAAACUAUGACAUGGCCCGCUUCACUACAGUAAGCGUCGCUAGGUCUGAUGGCCAGACAGAAUUUCUUCAGAAUGGCAGCCUGGUCCCGAAUGAGCCGCCACGAAAAGAUGAAGCACCAGGUCCAGAUGGCUCCAUUGAUUUCUACCUGAAGCUCCAGGAAAACGACCCUACCGCCCUCGAUUGGAAGCGAAAGCUGGGCGGUAUGCUUGUGAGGGACAUUGGGGGACCUGAACAAGCAGGAACAAACUUCAUCCUCGCCGAGCUCCCCAAAGACUAUGUUCUUUGGCAACACCGCCGAGUGAAGGCCAAAAAUGGCAAGACUAACGCCGACUCCGCCCGGCAAGACACCUAUCUUUAUGGCCAUCCGAAUGGAAAGGGCAGGUUUAGGAGCGCCCAGGAAUUCUAUCCGCAUCUCUUAUGGCUCGCCUGUGAUCAGGAGAAUGACUCGUUCCAUAAUUGCUCCUGCAAGUACUGUUUCUCAGAUAGGAUGGCAGGGAGUGACGCGGUCACCAAGUCUGCCCAGCCGGAAGCCCUCACCAAACCAAUCGACGGCCGCGCAGAACCAUCCAAGGCAACAUUGCCUGCUCCUUUGGCCAGAAAAGCAGCAAUUAAAACUGAACCUCGGACCACCCAAAUUCUCAACUCCAAAACCGAGGAACAGAAAUUGGACAGUAACCCAGCCAACGACUUCAUCUACCGCCCCGGGGAAAUCGUUUGGUUCAACAAGAGGACGAGCGCGUGGGGGCUUUCGGUAGUGCUAAAAAGGGACAUACAGGAUAACCAGCAUCGUUACCUCUUGCAGCCGUUAUCGCAUCCUGUUAGCCACCCUGCUGCUGUCGUGAGAGAUCGUGAUUCAAUCAGGCCCUGGCUUGCGUGGAGUGUUCCGUAUCCUACCAUUGCUCAACUCCGCGAGCUUACCUACGACCAAGUCCCAUGGGCUAAGGUUGUGACUGGCGAAUUUGGCAAGGGCGAUCCGGAAGUGGACGGCAGUAUUUUGGCUGCAAAGGCAAUAAACGAGAGCUACUCAUUAUUCGACCGCGUUGAUUUGCCCACAGCUCCAGGGGAGAUGCACUAUAAAGGAAUGUUCCUUGGUGGCGAGAAGAUUUGGGUUGGUGAACCCGUCAGGCUGAUGGGCAGGACCAAAGACGAAAUCGUUAUUUUGGUUGUCAAUCAGAUGAUUGAGAGGACAGUGGACGCAGCGAGUGCAGUCACAAUCGUUGGGGAUGUCUACAAGUUCAUCGAUAUGCCGAUGCCAGCCGAAUAUCAGGACCGGCAGAACUGGCCGGUCAACGAAGACCUUCCUGUACGCGUGAAUGCUGAUCUAAGCUUCCGCAAUCAGGUCUCGGCUGACGCAGGUGGGAAUACCUGGUGUGAAUGGCGACUACUCGAGCCAAUGGCGAGGAAGGGCUUGAACGAUAUUAAAGGCCGCUGGUACGAAACCAAACUCCUUCUUCCGAUCCUACGAGGGAAGCCUACAUUCGAUCUAGACAUGCAGGCCGGCACUAUGUCUGAUGCCAGUUUGUUCAUGAAUUCAAGAUUUGAAGUUCUCGGCUCUGGCCCUGGAAUGCGGAAGAAAAAUCGGCUGGCCACCUUGGGGGGAGCAGUUCCAACUGACACCAAGAUCAGCCGUGGGUUGGAUGGGCCACUGGAGGAUAAUAUUAUACCAGCUCAGGCACAGUAAUAGGGCGAACUUCAAUAACUCUAUCAGUCUGGACCCUGAAGACUGGCCUGGAUGUUUGAAAUACGGGGGGGGUUAGAAGCAAAGAUUGUGGAGCGAGUGGAUAUCUUUACCGCGAAGGAAUAUCUGAUAUAAUCUAACUAUGGCGUUGCAUUCUGCUAUCACAAAUAUUUUAGAGGGCGCUGGGCAGCGUGUUGGAACGAUUCAGGUACGCCAGGGCAACACGGGAAAAAUGUCUCUCGGUUCGGCCCUCGCUAGAGUCAUAUUUUAGGAAAUUUUAAAAAAUACUUAAAUCAAUCAAACAACCGCUUCGUC